AAAUGACUUCUCCUGACAUGGACGUGAAGACUUAUCUAACUCGCAUUGGGUAUUCAGGCCCAACAGAACCUACCCUGGAUGUGCUGCGUUCGGUCCACCUCCACCACCAACUCUCGGUACCCUUUGAAAACUGUGCACAGCGGGGGGCGAGUUCAGCUCGACCUCCCUCUGUUGUAUGAAAAGAUAGUGAUCCAGCGCAGAGGAGGUUUCUGCUUUGAAAUGAACGGUCUCUUCUCCUGGAUGUUGCGCAAACUCGGCUUCCAGGUGACCCUCUUUUCAGGGCAGGUGAAGAGUCUGAAGACAGGUUUCUACGGGCCACCUUUUGACCAUCUGAUCAUCCUUGUGACCUUAGAUGGGAAACGCUGGCUCUGCGAUGUCGGGUUCGGCAGUCAAGGCUUCAGUUCCCCACUUUCACUUGACACCAGUGACCCCCAGAAGCUGGGCCACAUGGUGUAUCGGAUCAGAGAAGAGAAGGGGAUGCACUUUGUAGAGUGGCAGCAGGAGGAGAUCAGAGAGCCGGAUGGAGACUGGGGAGCGAUCUACAAGUUCACCUUUGAACCUCGGUGUCUGGAGGACUUUGCAGAGAUGUGUGAAUACCACCAAAGCUCACCGUGCUCCAUCUUCUUCUGCAAGUCAUUCUGCACGGUGUUAAAGUCAGGAGGAAGGCUCACCUACAUUGGCCACAGACUGACAAGCACAACUUUUCCCACUGAGACACACGGGAUUGAAACUUCUACCAGGGAGGUUAAAGAUGAGGAGAUACCUCAAGUUCUUGCAGACGGGUUUGGAAUUGUGCUGAAAUCUCCAUUUAUACCAAAGGAUGAAGCUAUCACACCACCAACAGAGAUGUACUGACUGUAUUAAAGUAGGACAUUGAUAUGACAA